UGAUAUACACAAUUAAUGGUGGGAGGUAUACUAAAGUGUGAAAUGUUUUUAUUAUGUUAACUAUUUUUCAGUUUAAGGGAACAAAAUAACAACAUUCGAUCAAAGAGCAUUAAAAGCGAUGGAUAUACUGUCAUACUAUAUACCGUGUACGUUUUUCCCACGCAUGAAUUAUGCACAGAGGAACAGUCUUGCCAUUUAUAACAGUUAUAACGCCUUCAUUAGUGACUUUGUAAUGCAGAAAAAUGAGGUAGUGACAUACGAUCAUGUUUCCUUACAUAUCUGUAAGGCACAGACGGACAGGAAUUUCCCUAUUGAAAUAAAUGAUAUAGUUAGGCAGGAGGACAGUUUAACCUUUGAAAAAAAUGCGUUGAACUCAGUUAAGAACAUCAACGCCUUUUUGAACCAGCAGCCGAAACAAAUGAGCACGGUAUCAAUCAUUUUCCUUGAUGUUUGUUAUCUCGACGAGAUAAGUGGAAGACAGAAUGAUUCCUUUUUAUUCGUCUUGCUUUCACGCAGUCCCUCAGACAUACGGGAGGCUAAAACUGACAACCUGAUUUUUAGCACGAAAGACUGUGUUAGAUCUGAUGUCUGCAAUCUACUGGAAAAAGUUAUCCUGAAACCAAUGAAAGAGAUGUGUGAAUUUCUUUACAAAGUGAGAAAUUCUUUCACAACAUCACAGCCAUACAGUGGAAAUGGCGCAAGACGUAGCAUUGUGUAUAAUACAAGAGCAAAUGCAACCAAAGAUCACAAGAAUUGUCCAGCUAAGACUGAACCAAAUGAAAGUUUAUGUAACAAAAAUCAGGAAAACCGUAAUGCUAGAAAAAUGCUCACUAGAUAUCAAGGUGCUGCGACUUGUCACCAUUUGAUGAACAGAAGAAACAGAAAAGAAGAGAAAUAUUCGAAAGCAAAACAACGAACCGUAGAAUGUUUUGAUACGGAUGAACAGGACAAUAUGAAAAAGACAGCCAAAAAGCGAACCGUAGAAUGUCUUGAUAUGGUUGAACAGAACAAUAUGAAAAAGACAGCCAAAAAGCGAACCGUAGAAUGUCUUGAUAUGGUUGAACAGAACAAUAUGAAAAAGACAGCCAAAAAGCGAACCGUAGAAUGUCUUUAUUCGGUUGAACAGAACAAUAUGAAAAAGAAGUAUCGCAAUGAUGGACAUCUACAAAAGUUCGCAUUCACUGAUAGUAGUUUCCUUGAGAGUGUAGACAAAGCGACAGUCGAAAGACUACUGCAGUCAAUGCUGGCACUGUAUGGGAUGAGCAAUAUUCAAGAAAACGAACGACCACAUAUUCCAAAAUAUGACACAAAGGAACUCAGCGACGAGCUUUGCAGAAAUCUGUUCAAGAUUAAUAGAUCUGUUAAAGGAGUAGGCUACCGUUCUAGCACAUUGCAAGUCUUUUUAUCAGAGAAAGACGUGUAUAAAGAAAUGGAAUUGAGAAAGAAAAUUGAGAAGGUUUUAUCUGUUCACGACAUCGUUGACUUUGAGAUAGUGCAAGUAUCGGAAGAUGUGCAAUAUCUUAUGCAUGUCGGGGCAAAGUUAGAGCCGGUGCCUGGGUAUGGUACACUUGGGUGUUUUGCUGAAAUGGAUGGAGUAACCAAAUGUAUUCUUCUUUCGAAACAUGUUGCAAAUGCUUGCGGAGAAAUAUACUUUGAAGAAAAAAAAAAGGUAUGUAGCAUUUUGAAAGAUACGCUUCAACAUGAGGAUGGGGAUCUUGAUAUAGCAGCUGCAGAGAUUUAUCCUAACGAGGAGAUUUGCAAUAGUAAAUUUAAGGAUUCUACAGGAAUAGAAUUGAAAGGCAGUCUGCAUGAAUACUGUGGAAAAGAUAAAUUGUUUACCGAAGAGCAAAAAGUCCAUUUUUGGGGAGCAUCAUCAAAACCCGGUAAAGGUGUAAUAACAAUACCGAAAGUUGUAUUUAAGGUCGGUAAAUGUAGUCAAACCUUGGUAGAAAUUAAGGAUGGUGAUACUAAGUUUGCUGAAGGAGGAGACCGUGGCGCAGUGGUCUGCACCGACGAUCCAGACGAAAGGUUUGUGUACGUGCUCGGAAUGGUAAUGGGAGAGGUAUUAACAAAUAAAGGAGAAAACGGUCGAAGAUAUUAUGUUCUUCCUUUAUCAGAUGGCUUAAAACAACUAGCAAGGAAGACAGGCAAAAGGUUUGAAUUGAUAUAAGGCACACUAAAUUUGACAUGAUGGAACGAUUUUAUUUUUAUCUUCAAUGUUUAACUUUUGGAUACACUUCAAACUAUCCUAAACAGAUUGUGAUACAAUGGACGAGUAUUAGCGUGAUGGAAGAAGUACUAGUACUUCAUUUGUGUCUUUUAAAGCAAACAUCUGCUGAAUCUUUCCACUACAGUUUCUUUUAAUUGUUGGACUACUUUGCGAUGCAUUGCUCUCUGGCAGAGUUUGAGGUGCUUUUUACAUCUGAGAAUUCUACCCUUACCUUUUUUUACAAUGUUUUAACUAUUUGAUACACUUUAAAGUACCCUCUUUAAAAGAGGUUCUAAAUUCGUGUCUUCUGUCUUCAGAGUUUAGGUGUCCCAUUCAAUUCACAAUGCCCCAGACUUCACUUAGAUGAUAAUGAAUUUACACUUUCUACUUUCAGUUUCACAUUAGCUUCGUCUGUUCUUUUUUAUUUCUUGUAUUUUGACUCGCAUGCAUUUGAUUGUUCACAGGUCACUCACCUGUGAUAAGCCAGAUAUACUCAAUUUUUCCUUCGUUUUAUCUUGUUUAUUACUGGUAUGAUGAUGUGAUUUUUUUUCUUGAAGUUUAGCACUGUUUCUAUCCUCUUACUGCUACCGUAAAGCUUCGGCUGCUCUAUUUCCUAUUAAAAUCAUAUCCGC